AUGGGGUAUUUCGGAAGAGCAACAUCUUGCAAAGAAUUCCUGCAGAGAGACGAUGGAACUGACCCGUCCGGAGUUUAUCAACUCUUUGACCCAACAAACAAUUCCGUGUAUGAGGUCUUCUGUGAUUUCACCUCUGAAAAGGGAUUCGUUUUGACUCUGAUCGAAUCUUUCAGUUUUCGCUAUAAUGAUGAGUUUAAGGAUAAGGCGUUUUACGAAGACCAUCCCUUAAACCAGGAAGCCUUUACAUGGAACAAGUUUCGUUUAUCUUUGCCACGCAUAGGCGUACGGGCCGGGGGGGCGAGGGGGCUGCAGCCCCCCCAAAUUUUGGGCAACUCAGAUUUUUUGGGCAGCAAGAGAAAAUUUGGGCAAGGCCAACUUUUAAAGACGUUUCAUGUUUUUUCAUGAGUAUUUUGGAGAGAUAAAUAUUUUCUAUUUUAACCUGAAGUCGGCGUAACAAUCAAGUUACAUUCACUCGAGACAAUGGUUGCCAAGCACGUGAUGAGUUUCUGUUUAUAAGGGAAGGGUUUUUUUUUAUCGUUGGGCACUGGGCUGCAAUGGGCUAUUUCCAAUCGGGAAUUGAUUAGAAUAAACUUCCGCCUAACUUUCUAGGAUCAUCUUCGCUCGUAGAACAGUGUAUGGCAGAUAGGAUCAGCGAUUGAUCUGAAAGUGAAGAAGUGGCUGACUAAUUCUCACUUUGAAUUACGAGAAGAAUCUUAAUGUUUUUUUUAAAAAAUCUAUCAAGUGGUUCAAAUUAUUCCCUAAUUUGUUAAAGUAGACCGAAAUGUUUACAAAACCGCUAACAAGAGCGCCAUGAUACAUACUAAUGAAAUCCUUCUUUGUAGCAGUUUUGAAAUAUCACUCGUGAUAUAUGCCAAAUAUCACUACAAAUCAUGCUAUUACCUAUACAAUGUACAAAUAACUCACACACAUUUUUAAAAAGAUUGAAUCUACUAUGAGGUGAAAUUGCAUGUCAAAAGCGCUUCGUUUUCUACAGAUAGCGGCUAAACAACAAGAUUUUCCUUGUUUUACUGUAUUUCUAACGAUAAAAACUUUAUCCCAAACUAUCCCGAUAACGCUCUUACAGACUCCGUUUUAACUUCACAAACAACGAGGCGACUAUUGGAGGAAAAAGCUCCCGAGAACGAUUUCAUAUUGAGAAAUAAUGCUGCAAGUAUAAUAGGUAAUGGCGUCAUUUCGUUGCUAUGACAACUCCGAUGUCAUUGCAACCCUGAUCAUGACAAAUUUUCAUCUUUAUCUAAUACAACUGUGGUGGCAAUUUUUCCAAAUGUUUGUUUAUGGCAACGUAUAGUUUAUGCUCAAACUUGGCAGGUAUAUAUUGACCCUGAAAAACUGUAUUGCGGCACUUUCGUAUGCCAGUACGGCCUAUGUUGUUGCAUCGUAUGGCCCUUGUGUCUUCUCGACUGUUUUGUAAAAAUUUGGGCAACUUGCAAGAAUUUUUUGGGCAAAUGGUUUACCGCCCCCCCUGGCCGAAAAUUGCCCGUACGCCUAUGUUGCCACGUAUGAAUGCCACAGUAAAACGCUCAACGCACGUGCGAGCAACCUGCAACUUUAACACUGAAGAACUUAAAUACGAAGAUUACUUAAGGGCCAAGUUAGGCGAUAUCGAUCUUAUGCGCUCCAGUUUGGGUACUUGCAAAAAAUUCGAAUUUAUUAGCGUCCACGGAAAUAACUGUACUAACGACACGGCACAUUUCGUCCAGAGGGAUUAUUGGCAUGCGCAUAGUGAUUCGAAUGACCGAGGAUGUCCCUGUACCAGUCUUUCCGAGGGUGCAGUGAAGUUCCCGGGAGGCGAAGAUAACUUUGGAUGGUAUAAAGCAAGAAAUCCGGUUCACAGACGUGUAGAAAGUAAUGAUUCUACUACACAGUGGUGGUUCGGGGUACAAUACUAG